CCUUGACUCCGCCCCUGCAAGCGGCCGAGCUCUCAUCAGAGCAGCUCAGCGAGGAGAAACGUGUAGUUGUGUUGUGUUGUGUUACUGAGCAGCCAUGACAGCGAGGAGCAUCCGGUGGUGAGAAGAUGGACAAACAGAAAGCGCUGGCCAAGCUGAUGUGGGACCUGCAGUCCUUCCUGUCCGUCCUGGACUCGGAGAACCUGAGUUACAUCGCUCAGGCCCAGAAGAAGUCCAUCUCGGCGCUGGUGUCCUCGCUGCAGACGCCAGACGCUGCCGUGGAGGACGCAGAGUACGUCGUCAUGAGCUGCCCGUCCUCGUAUCCCGGCAACGAGGCCGACGCGCCGCCUACAGGGGGCCUGUCUGAGUCGUCCUCAAGGCCAGACUUGUGUGUGUGGACCAGAGAUGCUGUCACCACAGCAAUGCCCCGCCCACCAGCGGGUUCCAAAGCUGCUGCUGAUGAAGAUGAAGAUAUGUACGAGGAGGCCCAACCUUACCAACAUGACACUGCGAGUAACCUUGAGAAGGCGGAGUCAGACAGCAGCUACUACGAGUCGUACGGCGAGGAAGACGAGGACGAGGAGCUCGUGAAGGACAGAGCUCACUACAUCCAAUGGAGCGCCUCGCAGCCCUGCCUGAGGCCCGCCCCCGAGUCCCGCCUCUGCGGCUACCUGUGGAGGAGGAGGUGGCUGGGCCAGUGGACCAAGCAGCUCUUCAUCAUCAGGAACCACUCCCUGCUGUGCUACAAGUGCGCUCGGGACCUUCUGCCUCAGAUGGAGGCCAGCCUGAGAAGCUGCCAGCUGGUCUACAAGAGGAAGAGCAACAGGAGGAUCCAGCACCAGCUCAAGCUGCUCCUGCUGGGCUCCCACACGCUGGUGCUGGGCUACACCAGCUCACAGCAGGCCCACGAGUGGCGCCAGGUCACACACACACACACACACACACACACUGAAGACAAGCACGAGGUGUGUAUAAGUCAUCCUGUGUUGGUGUCGCAGGUCAUCGAGGAGCUGAGUGUCGGAGCUGAGGAGAAGAACCCCUCUGGGACCACAUCAGAACCACAGUGGUCCUGCAGGUCCAGUGCGUUUGUGACCCACAAGGAGCAACAGGAACCUCUGAGUCACCGCAACAAGGACAAAGGCUUCCUGAACGUGCUGAUGAACUGCCAAUGGCAGAGUCUGCUGUGUCAGGUGGAGGCGGGGCUUCUCAACAUGUUUGGUGAGGACGAGGAGGAAGAGGAGUCUUGGAGGGGGCGGCGCCCACCCCAGUACACGGUCCCGCUGCGUGGCUGUGAGGUCAAAGCGGGGCCCGACGGCGAGCGCUCGCAGAGGAUCACGCUGAGCACGCUGGGCGAUCAGGUGGCGGUGCUGGAGGUGAGCUCGGCGGAUGAGAAGCAGCGGUGGAUGCGGCUCCUGAGGGACGGAGCGGCCGGUUACCACGGCAACAAGGCACGGCAGCAGCCGGGCGUCGCUCUCAGGGACACCAGCGGGCCGCAGGCAAACAUGUACAUGGACGACCCCUCCCACCAGCCCGUCUACUCCAAUACCUCCCUGCUGGAGCACAUGGUACCUGACCUUUCACCUUUCACCUUUCACCUCAACCCUGACUUUCGACUGGCACGCCUCGCGUCACGUCUUUUGUGGUGUCAGCUUCACAGCUCUCGGGAUGCUCGCUGCGGCGACCCAGCGACGUACACCAACCUCGGCAGGCACAACAGGAAGUGGGUCGAGACACAGCGCGGCGUUCAGAAGUUGGAGCUGGCGGCCAGGAAAGGCGUCCCGAUGAGGGUGGGGUCAGAGGUCAACUUGGCAACCAAGCAGAACAAACGCUCGGCUUUUAGGCAGUCGCUGGCCGUGUGCGGCGAGCGAGCGCAGGCAAGUCUCCUGAACCCGUUCCUGCGGCGGACAGCUUCUGUGAAGAGCUCACUGAGGAGAAGUCCUUCGUCGUUGCUCAUUGAGCAUGGGAAGGUUUUCCAGAGGAGAAAGGAAUGGGAGAGCAAAGCUGCCGCGUGAUGUCGCGUGACCUUCACGCGAGCUGUGUUUGACCUUCAUGUGCAGACACGUGACCUACGACUCACCUGUUUAAGUUAUUGACUAAGUAGCUGGGUGUACAUAUUUCAGGUACUUUUUUGCUUUUGCUGGAGGCGCGCCAAAAGGCUUGAAUAAGUCACGUGGCCGCAGGUGGUGGGCUGAAGACUGCAGCGCGCGCUUUGGCCGCCAGGGGGCGGCGGCGCUGUGGUGACGUGAUGAGAUGUACCUUGGAGUAGAAAAGCACAAUAAUAAUAAACAUGUUUGACCUUGGAUGCGUUCUGCGUUUA